ACACACGUGACCUCAAGUGCGCAGGCCCACGGUGGCGGUUGACCAGGAGACCGCCCUGGUGUUCGCGCCUUCGGCUUGCUUCUCCUUCUCAAUCUCACAUCUCAGGCCAAUCGCCCCCACCGACCAACUCGAAUUGUCAACUCAACUCCGAAUCCCGCACGCCACCACAUGGAUCCACCGCCCGCCGGCCGACCGCUCCCCGGGUCGCAGAUCCCGAGCAACCAUCGGAUCUCCCGUCGGCCGCGUCAUUUCCCGUUUAAAUCCGCGGGGCCAACCGAGGAAGAACGGGGAGGAGCAGAACCAGACUCAGACUCGGCGCCAUGGAAGGACUCGUCAAGGGACUGGAGGGUGUCGCGCUAGGCGACGCGGUGGAGGGGGCUGAGUCGAGGAGGGACCGGCGUGCGGGUGCGGCUCCGGUGGAUUGGGACCGGGAGGGUCCGGCACGAUCGACGUGGGCCGAGGUUGCCUCCGAGGAGAAACGGGGGGCUCAAGAGCGGGGGUGGGAGAGCGUGGAGCAUGACAGGAAGCAGCAGCAGCAGCAUAUUCCCGCACCCACUCAGUGGCACAACCAGUCAUUACUGCAGGAUGAGGGAGGUGAAAUGAUGGGUGGGGGAUCAGAUGGCGCCACUGGCAUUGGCCACAGUGGGCAGCGACUACAGACUUCGCAGUGCGGAACAGAGCGACAGGUUCAUAUAUGCUCUGUUUCUGCUCUCAUGGUUAUUUUCGCUCACUAUCACUUGGCCCGUAUUAUUGUCAUGAAUUUAGUAAUGGCUCCAUGGUUUGAGAUGUUAGGAUGCACAAGAGCGAAACUGUGGAGGUUGGGUGACCGUGGGAGAAAGGAAGAAUCACAAAAGAUCACAUCAGAAUGGAAGAGAUAUAAAAGACUACCAUCCGAACAAGAAUAUUCUGAGGAUGUCAGUCAUAUCCACCAUGGCCUAAAUGUUGAGCCCACCAGGGAAGAACUCGACCAUUUAUCAAAAACGUGCGCUCGGCUAUGGGAACUUGAUCUAAACCGCCUCACUCCUGGCAAGGACUACACAAUAGAGUGUGGUGAAGGGAAGAAGGUUUAUCAUAAGGGUGAUAAGGCAUCUGAAAAUCUGUUCAGCUGGCUGGAAGACAGUGUACUGAGGAGGCCUACAUACUCCCGUUUCUGUGCACUUCUUGACAACUACAACCCCCACCAAGGAUACAAAGAACCAGUCACCCAGCAGGACAAGCAUGAAGAAGCUGCUUUUAUCGAGGAGAUUUCUAGGAGUGCUCCCAUCAAGUACUUGCACCGGUAUUUGGUGAUGAAGGAAGCUAUGUCUCAGGACUAUGAGGACUUCAAGAAAGUGCUAACAUCCCCGUGGUUUGAUUUGUGUGGAAGAGGGGGCUGCUCUAGUAGCUCUUCUGCCUUUGAACAUGUGUUUGUGGGAGAGAUCAAGGGGCAGAAGCAAGCUGAGAAUGAAGUGUCAGGCUUUCACAACUGGAUUCAGUUUUACCUUGAAGAAUCCAAUGGUAAUGUUGACUACAAAGGGUACAUAUUCCCAAGGAGGCGUGGGGAGCUGCCAGACUCUGAAACACAGCUGCUCACCAUUCAAUUUGACUGGCGUGGUGUGUUAAAAUCUGUGUCCAGCACAUUGAUUGGUGUCAGUCCCGAGUUUGAAAUUGCACUCUACACUCUCUGCUUCUUUGCUGGAGGGGGAGAUAAUCAUGUAGAUAUUGGCCCAUAUUCGGUGAAUAUCAAGUGUUACAGGUUGGGGGAUAAUAAGAUUGGUUCAGCUUUCCCAAUUGCAGCAAACUGAUUGUUCUGGUGGCCAUGUACGGAAAGUGCCCAAACACAAGACAUCUCAUUCUUUUUCCAGCAAUGGAAUUGAAUCAUACAGACAAAUCAGUACACAUGGGAAGAUGCACACUCCUUGUGAACACAUCUGUGAGUAAGAAAUGGUAUUUACAACACACAUUGUUCCUCCUAACCAUUGUCCAUUCAACCAACAUGAUCACUCAUCCAAGAAUACGGACAACAACAUAGUCCUAGGUUUCAGAAUAUGAAAAACAGAUAGCUGCACAGAUAUUUCAGUUUUCAAGAGUAAUUGGAGAAACAAAGACUGAGUAAUGUUUUCAGACCUGAUUGAUGCUAGAUAUAUUGUAAAUCUUCAGUGAUUCAGUUCGGAUUACCUCAAUCAGCAUGUUCAGAAAUGAUUCAGUAUGGAUUACAACACUUCAGCAUUUUGGAUAGGAUAUGAUACUACAAGAAAUUGAGCAUAUAAAACUUGCUGUGACUUGCAAAUCAAUUAUUAGUUCAUUUUAUACUACAACAUGGUUUCCUGUGACCCAAUCCAACACUCUUAUAGAAAUAUUGUUUGGUAUGGUUCACAAAAUAACUGUAUUUAUUUGUGGAGUGCCAACUGUCAAGCUGAUACCUGAACUUCCAAUCCCUCGUGGAGGUACAUCAGUCCCUCAGCUGCAUCGAGUGCUAUUUCCAACCUGAUGUCCCAAGGGAGGACAGGGUAUGCUUUAUUGAACAGAUGAUCGUCCAAGGUCUUGUUCGCCAUGAACUCAUAGACCAGCAGCCUCUGAGGGCCUCUUUCACUUUGCGCGGCGCAGUACCCGAUGAGCUUGACGAGAUUUGGGUGCUCAACAACCCCCAGAAAAUGAACUUCUGCCAACCAUUGCUUGUGGCCCUGAUCAAGUUAGGAGGAGGAAACAAAAUAAUUUACUCAAAUGCUGAAACUCUGAAACAAUCCUAGCAAUGCACAAGUCAAUCCACUGAUGUAAAUUAGUCGUUUGGAGAACAUGUGACUACUUGCUUCGUUACAGAGUGCAGAUGAUUAUGCAAAAUGGAAAAUGAUUUUGAAGUUCUGAAAUGAAAUACUACAUUACUAUGCUUAUCAUACAUGUUAGUAUGCUGUUUUAGUGGAUAGCAUGGCACCGUAAGGCUUGCAGCCAUUAGUGAAAUAGUGUAAACUACAGAAUCAUUUAACCUGUGUUUCGAUUCAGGAACCAGAAACAGAGUCUCACUUGUAAUUCUAGGUAACCACAGUAUCACAGAGAGAUUUAUGCAAAUGGCAAGCACCAAGCAUUAGACUGUAAAUUAAAUGCUGAUGAUUGAUAGAUUCAUGAUGAGCCAAGAAAA